AUGGCGGGUGCUUAUGGAGGGGGGCGCAGUUUGGAAGAGGCGGAGCACUGGAUUGAUAUUCCAGAGAGCGUGGUGGUCGUGAAGAAUACAGUGUACGUCCUCAGCGAGCCGAAGCGCAGUUCAGAUACACCGCACUCAAAGGACAUUCCGCUGCCAAGGCACCGGUACCAGUCCGUUUCUGUGAGACUCGGCGGCUCCAAUCCCGGAAAUAUGGUCUGCACGGCCAUAAGCGACGAGUCCCUAUACAUAUGCGCGCGGAGACACGAUUCGGUGGUCCUGUCUUUGAAGAUCGACGAGAUAGAAAAGCAGCAGUGGAAGAGCUUCAAACUCACCCCUACAAAGGAGCCUUUUCUCGAAGCAAGGUCGAUGGCUGUUGCAGCAAACAACGGUGUCGACGAAGUGAGCCUCGACGGGUGGAGACGUGAGCGGGACUCUUACGGCCGCUCUCGAGGCAGCGACGAUGAGAUUCUCGUUAGCACCUUCAAGCUCGUACCAACCCUCGAGACGACGUGCUCAGGGGAAGAAGCUGACCCAAUAUCUGCGCUGGACAACGAGUACUCUGCCAUGAAACGGUCUCUGGACGACGACUACUACGGCAGGCUGCACUUCGUUGACGGCGAGCCGCUCGUCUUGGGGCUUUCCGGGGGCGUGUGGCAGCGGACCGGAAAAGACCUUCGCUAUAUUUCUGGGGCGUUCAAAGGGCAUCAGAGAGGUGCGCUGUGGUGGUCGAGCCUCCUUACAGUGUAA